AUGGAUCCGGAAACAUACAGUGGAUCAGUGAAUUGUGCACUUCCAUCAUCAUUACAUACAGUUAAUAAUGAAACAUGUUCAUCAAAUCGUCGUUAUCAUCAUAAAAAACGUCAUGAUGACGUCCCAUCAUCAUCAUCGGUACCUGUUGUUUCAACUGAUAGUCAAGAUGAACGUAUUGAAGUAAAAAUUCUUCCACAAGAUGAUAAUUGGGGUGAAACAACAACAAUAACAUGUAACGGAGUUAAUGAAGAUACAUUAACAAAUAAUAAUGAUACGACAUUACAACUAAAUGAUAAUCAUCAUAAUCAUCAUUUACAACAUGUAUCAAAUAACUUUCAUCGACGAACAUUAUCUAUAACAAUAACACAAUUUUUUAUUUAUUUACUUUGUUUAAUUGCUUUCAUUUCACCUAUAUUCUUUCUUAUAUUACCAUAUAUAUUAUUAACAUCGGAUAUAAUAUUAUCUAUUGAUGAUUAUUCACCAAUAUUAACAAUUAUUUUUAAACUUAUUUUUUUAUUUUUUGGUACAUUUCUAUUACUUUAUCGACGUCGUAAUCGAACAUAUUUACCAUGUAUUCAUAUACAAAAAACAUGUUUAAUUCUUAUUCUAUUAAUUGUUAUUAUUGUCUAUUGGUUUUAUUAUAUAUAUAAAAUAUUAAAAUCAAAAAUAGAUAAAUAUGAACAAAUUUUAUCAAUGACAUCAACAUAUGAAGAUUUACUUUUAUUUAUAUUAAUAUUAUCUGUGCUUAUCUUAGAAGUUAGAUGGUUAUAUCCAAAAUGGAUUGUUAAAGUUGUACGAUCACCUGAUGGACAAAUAAGAGAAUAUACAAUUGGAUCAAUGUCAAUACAAGAAGCGAGUGUUUAUUUAUUAGAACAAUAUUAUAAAGAUUUUCCUGUAUUUAAUCCAUGGUUAGAAAAUGCUCAUCAAACACAAGCUAAACGUCAUCGAACAUUUUCAACAAAAUCUGUUGGAUCACAAUCGAAUUCCUCAACUAUUGCUACAGGUACAAAUGGAAAUGCUGCACGAUCAAUGCGUGGAUUUAAUGAUAGAUUCUAUGAUGAACUCGAUUAUGAACGUCGUGUACGAAAACGACGUAUAAAAUUAAUAAUUUCAUGUGAAGAUGCAUUUACACAUGUUCGAAAAUGCCUUGAUGAAAAAUAUGGUUCACAUAUACCAAUGGAUGCUCGAGAAGCAGCACAAGCUGUCUUUUCUUCUAUGUCACGAUCUCUUCAAAAAUAUCUUCGAUUAACACGACAACAACCUUAUUUUACACGAGAAUCAAUCAUAUCUCAUUUAGCAACAUGUUUAUCACAUGAUCUUUCUCCACGAGCAUUUCUUGAACGUUAUAUUCAAACAGAAUCUCAACCAUUAGCUACAUUAUUAUUUCCUAUCUUAGCAUCAAUGACAAAUAAUCAAGAACAAUCAUGGACACUUGUAUGUGAUACACAAACAUUAACAAAUGAUGAAGAAAAAUGUCAAAGAAUAUCUGUAAACCAACCAAUUUAUUCAAAUUUAAUAUUUGUACUUAAACAGCAACAUGCUGAACAUAUUGCUUUAAUAUGCACGUUUCAUCAAAUGCCAAGAGUUAAUUUAAUUGAAAAAUUUUAUGAUUCAAAACAAAAUAAAUUUGUUUUGAAAUUAAAUUCAGAAACAUCUGUUUAA